AUGCCAACUUUGUUGUUCCGUUUUUUGAUUCUCAAGAAUCGUUACGGUCAGAUUGUUGAAGUGACAAAGCGUCCCAAAUCCAAAUGGAGACCGGUAGCGCUGGAUACAGUGGAGUUGGAAAAACUAGCCACUCGGAAACUCCGUAUCGGUGCCAAAGCCGCAAUGCAGUUAGCUGAGCGCCUUUACACACAAGGAUACAUAUCUUACCCGAGAACAGAGACAAACAUCUUUCCCGCGGAUAUGGAUCUGGCUAGCUUGGUACGGGUGCAGCUGGACGAUUCACGAUGGAGUGGAUUUGCCACACGUGUACUGGAGCGUGGUCCAAAUCCACGCAAUGGAAAAUCCACAGACAAGGCUCAUCCUCCGAUCCAUCCACUGAAAACAGGUUCGAACUUGCAAGGUAACGAGGCUCGUUUGUAUGAGCUGGUCACACGGCAUUUCCUCGCCUGUCUGUCGGCGGACGCUCAAGGUGCGGAAACGUUAGUUCGUCUUUGUGUUGGCAAAGCGUCUGUUCCGGCCAACUCUUCCUCGUCCUCUUCUUUCUCAUUGCCACCCACCGAUUUAAUGACCAGUGAAGAUGGGGAGAUGUUUGAAUCCAAAGGUCUGGUCAUACUGCAGCCUAACUACCUGGAAGUGUAUCCUUAUGAUCGAUGGACCGAGAAGGAUAUGCCAAAUUUCCAUCUGGGCGAUUGGAUUCUGCCCACGAACAUCGAGGUGAGUAAUCUGUUUGUUUUUCAAUUUGAAAGGUAA